UAGGGGCGGCCAUGGCGGGGGCCCUGGCGCGGAAGGCCGCAGACUAUGUCCGCAGCAAGGAUUUCCGCGACUACUUGAUGAGUACGCACUUUUGGGGGCCAGUAGCCAACUGGGGUCUCCCAAUCGCAGCUAUCAAUGACAUGAAGAAGUCUCCAGAGAUCAUUAGUGGUCGAAUGACAUUUGCUCUCUGCUGUUACUCGUUAACGUUCAUGAGAUUUGCCUACAAAGUGCAGCCUCGAAACUGGCUUUUGUUUGCAUGUCAUGCGACAAAUGAAGUUGCCCAGCUCAUUCAGGGAGGCCGGCUAAUCAAUUACCAGAUGGGUAAAAAGGCUACUGCAUAGCGGAGGAGAAUGCUGGACGUAUUUCUUCUGGACCCCCGGCCUCACUGGCUUCAGCUGCUGAGACACGGAUUCCACAGCCAUGAAUAACUACGGGGAAAAAUAGCACCCAGGUCCCAUCACUAACCAGAGCCUUUUCCUUUAAAAAUGAGGCGCUGGACCUGAAUUUUAUUGCCCUACUAAAGAUUUAUCUCUUAAGCAGCUCACAUGAGUAACUAAUCGAAUUGAUUCAAUCAUGGUAUUGAUCUAAAAGACCGUGUAUAUUCUUUAGCCUUAAUCGUGGGAUUUGUUUUAAAGAGAAGUUGAAGAGUAAUAAUAGCAUUAUAACCGUCCACCAGAUGUAUUCUUAAAAUGUAGGUUCUGAAAUCAACCGCCGGAUUACCACUAAAGACAAAAUUCUUCCAGCAAGAGAGUUCCUUUAAACAGGUGUCUCUGUGUGAACCGUCAUGCAGUUUGUACUAUCCGCAUAUUCUAACUUGACUGAAAUAAAUCAUUUAAAUAUUA